UAUUAAGUUAAAGGAAUCACAUUAAUGAAUAAUCGAUAGUUUUUAGUUUGCGAUAGUUAUCAUUUUGAAAAUACAUCCCUGUUUAUUACUUCUUCUUCUUUCACCAUAAAAAUGUAAUUGAGUUUUCAAUAAGAAUAAAAUAUACGAUAUAACAGUGGUGUCAGAAGUCAAAAGGAAUGGCUUCUACCAAUUCAGAGAGGGCUACAUCGACUUCAAAUAAUGAUCUAAGCGGGAUCAUUGAGUCGCUGGCUGAUGCAAUUCGCAUAGCAGUGGCACAAGGUAGCCAAAAUGCAGGGAUUCCAGGAACUGCAAAGACGCCGCAGUUUGCAAUGCCAAGCUACAAGAGCGGGGAAGAUUCUACAGUUAAAGAUUACUUCAGUCGAUUCGAGUGGGCACUACAACUCAGCAAGGUGCCAGAGGAGGAGCACCACAACUACGCGCGUGUGCAUAUGGGCUCAGAAUUGAAUACAGCCUUACGUAUACUGAUCAGUCCAAAGUGUCCCGAAGAAUUACAGUACAGGGAGAUCAAAGAAGUGCUAAUUAAUCACUUUGAUGGCAAACGAAACAUGUAUGCAGAAAGUUUCAAAUUUCGUCAACUUCGACAAGAGCCAGAGGAACCACUGGCAACGUUCGUACUUCGCUUAAAACAAGCAGCAUCCUUUUGCGAAUUUGGUUCGUUCUUAGACAGAAUGCUUACAGAACAAAUGCUUUUCGGCAUGGAGGGUCGCAGUAUAUGUGAUGAGGUGAUCGCAAAAAAGCCAGCUACUUUUGCAGAAGCAUAUGAAGCCGCCUACUCCAGAGAACUACUUUUGAGGUCUGCAAACACGGUGAGCGAAAAGACAACAACAGAGGUCGAACCAACAUGCAAAUUGGGAUACAGCCCAAUCAAAAAGCGAUCGGAGAGCAGCAAGAAAGUAACAAGAUGCUAUAGCUGUGGAGGUCAGCAUUUGCGACGAAACUGUAAGUUCAAAGACGAGAAAUGCUUUAAUUGUGGAAAGAUCGGGCAUAUAAGCAAAGUAUGUAGAUCGAGUACCAAACAAAUUUCAGAAGCUGAUGAUUCUGACAAUCAAGCAGCAUGGCAAUUUGAAGAGCCUACAAAUUCAGUCAAUGCAAUGAGGGCAGCAACAAGAAAAAUGAUUACAAUGAACAUUGAAGGAUUUCGACUACCAAUGGAAUUAGAUACAGGUGCCCCGUGCAGUAUUAUAAACAAGCAAUCGUUUCGAGCAAUUAAACCUUCAAUGCGUCUUCAGAAAACCGACCGCAAAUUCUCCAGCUAUACAGGGCAUAAAAUUACAUGCAUAGGACGAGCGCCCCUUAACGUAACAUAUGGAAACACCACACGGAAACUUAAUUUGUACGUGGUGGAGGGGAAUCUGGAUACACUGUGUGGACGCGAGUGGAUCACACAAUUUGCAAAGGAAAUCAACUUCGAGAAAUUAUUCGAUGAAGAUAGAACUGAGGACGCCAUUGAUCUAGAUAUGUUUACAUCCAACGGCAGCGCGAUCAAGGCAAUUAAAGUACAAGCAACUGGACUACCAGAAGACAAAAAAGGUCAGCUUCAACAAAUUCUCACUAAAUACAAUUUGGUUUUUAAUACUACAGCAGGAACAUUCAAAGGGCCAGAAGUUAAGGUACACUUGAAACCAGGGGCAAAACCGAUUUUUGCACGAGCGAGAGAUGUACCAUUUGCAUUGCGUGACGCCUACGCAAAAGAGAUCGACAAGAAAAUUUCUGCAGGAUUCUAUAAGAAGGUAGAUUAUUCCGAAUGGGCUUCAACAACACACGUAGUUACCAAAAAGACCGGGGGCAUUCGAAUAACUGGCAACUAUAAACCUACAUUAAACCCCCAAAUGAUUAUCGAUGAACAUCCUAUACCACGAGCUGAAGAUUUAUUCAACCAGAUGAAAGGAGCUACAAUAUUCGCACACUUGGAUAUUACUGAUGCAUAUUCACAUUUACGAAUUGACGACGAGUUCGCUCAUACCCUUACACUGAAUACAAUCACUCACGGGCUCAUUCGACCAACGCGCGCUGUAUAUGGUGCAGCAAACAUUCCAGCUAUUUGGCAAAGAACGAUGGAAACAGUAUUACAGGACAUCCCAAAUGUACUUAAUUUUUUCGAUGACAUAUUGAUAUACGCCGGAAAUAUGGAAGAAUUGCUAAAAACGUUAGAGAAGACUUUGGAAAAGCUGCAGAAUUUCGGAUUAAAACUAAAUAAAUCAAAAUGUAUAUUUGCGGCAUCAUCUAUAGAAUUUCUGGGCCACAAGAUCGACGCACAAGGAAUACACAAAUCAACCAAACACAUUGAGGCCAUAAUACAUGCACCCAGACCAGCAACAAUAGAGCAGUUACAGUUGUUUUUGGGAAAAGCAACAUACUAUUCGAAUUUCAUUCCAAACUUAUCGACACUAGAAAGACCGCUUCGCAACGUUUUGAAGACAGGAAAAUUCUACUGGUACUGAUGCCAUAUGAUCCGUCUCUACCUCUACUACUAGCAACAGAUGCAAGCAGCACAGGAAUAGGCGCAGUCCUAUCUCAUCGACUAACCAACGGCAAUGAACGACCAAUUGCAUAUGCGAGCCGCACGUUAAGCCAAGCAGAACUCAAAUACUCACCAAUCGACAAAGAAGCACUUGCCAUCGUAUGGGCGACCCAAAGAUUCUUCAAAUAUUUAUACGCUAGGCACUGGACAUUAAUAACGGACAAUAAACCCCUCGCACAAAUUUUGCACCCAGGUAAAUCACUUCCAACAUUGUGCAUCUCUCGAAUGGCUAAUUAUGCAGACUUCAUGAGUAAUUUUGAUUUUGAUUCAAUAACGAAAAAAUCUAAAGAAAACAGUAAUGCAGACUACCUUUCUCGACUACCAAUCAAAGCGGGCGUUAUAAAGGAAGUGGAAGACAGUUCUUCGCUUGAUGAAUUCGACAAUUUCAUGAUACGACAAAUUAAGCAACUUCCAGUGACAGCCAAGGGAAUAUCGCAAGAAACAAGGAAGGACCAACACUUAGGAAAGAUUCUGCAACUACUCGAGAAUGGUCAGUGUUUGGCCAAGAAUGGAUAUAAAAGCCCAGAAUGUAUAUACGGCCUUUCUUAUGGCUGCCUUACGUUUGAACACCGAAUUGUUAUUCCCACGAAAUUACGACAAACAAUUCUUGAUGAGUUACACAGAGCACACCUAGGUGUAGUAAAAAUGAAAGGAAUCGCUCGAUCCUUUGUGUAUUGGCCCGGAAUAGAUAAAGACAUCGAAAAUACAGGAAAAGCAUGCGAGUCCUGUGCCAAAAAUGCUAAACUACCGCCGAAAUGCUCCGACCACUACUGGGAAUACCCUAAAACCCCAUGGGAGCGCAUUCAUAUAGACUACGCGGGGCCAAUUCAUGGUAUGAUGUUAUUAAUUAUAACUGAUGCCUACUCAAAAUGGUUAGAGGUGAAGGUAACGAAAACAAUUACGGCAGGUGCAACGAUCGCCAUCUUAGACGAAUUAUUUGCAACUUACGGAGUCCCACUGAUGCUGGUUACGGAUAAUGGAACAAACUUCACGUCAAAAGAAUUUAAAAACUACCUUACAUCUGCGGGAAUCAGAUAUCACAAAUUAACGGCGCCAUAUCAUCCUGCCACAAACGGGCAAGCCGAACGAAAUGUGCAAACAGUAAAACAGGCAUUAAAAGCAAUGAGAACAUCUUCGGACACAAUGAGAAGAGACCUGAACGAAUUCUUACAACAAUACCGAAAUGCUCCACACUGCACUACCGGAGAGCCUCCGGCAAAAUUGUUUUUGGGCAGAAAAUUGCGUACCCGACUUGAUUUAAUCCGUCCAGAAAAUGUAACAGAGAAAGUUUCCGCAAAACGAGUCAUGAACUUCAACCCUUCAUAUAGACAGUUCCAUUCGCACGAUGAAGUUUACUUUUUAUCCGGAAACCCUCGAAUGGACAAAUGGGUGCAAG